UCGUGCAACCUUUCGAAAUGGCUUCGAAAACCGUGAAGACCUCCUCCGAUGAGAUUCUUUGCGAGGGCGAGCUGGAGAAGCGAAGCCACAGCCUGUUCCAGGUCUGGAAGAAGAAGCGCUGCGUGCUCACCGCCGACCGCCUGCGCCUCUUCUCCGGGAAAUCCGGCCCCGCCAAGGAGCUGUUUUUCCACUCCAUCCUCAAGGUGGACUGCGUGGAGCACACCUCCAAGUACGUGUACUUCACCAUCGUCACCAACUAUUACAAGGAGAUCGACUUCCGCUGCACGGGCAAGAGCUGCUGGAACGCGGCCAUCACCAUGGCGCUGAUCGACUUCCAGAACCGUCGGGCGCUGGAAGACUUUCGCCGCUGCCGCUACCGGUACCAGCGCUCUGCGUCCGAUACGCAGUCCGAGCCCGGUGAGCGGAGCGCUCUGGGUCCGUGAAACGCACGGGACCAGUUGAGCCGGGAACCAGCCCACGCUGCCGCAUCAGACAGGAGCCCAGGAGCCCAGGGGAUGCCCCGGGUGACGCCGCCGCUGCUCUUCUCAGAAGAUAUUCCCGUGCUUGCUGAGCCUUGCCCCGCUGUGCGGGUGCGCUAACUUAUUGGACCGUAUUUAUAUUGGUUACCCACUUCCAACCCACC